CUUUAAAUGUAGAGACUUUGGUGCCCUAACCUAUUGACUAGUAAGACAACACGCAAGUCGUCGAAAUGGGCGUUGGAGACCAAUUUCUGCAUCAGCCUUCCUAGGAAUGCAAUUACGCAUUUAAAUGAACCGCAGCUGCCUUACCCGUAGCUAUUCGCUUCCAGCUGGCCCCGCACUUAGAGCAGCUGUUCCGGCAACACCUGUCAGGCUUCUUCCUGCGACUCGUGCCAGCGUUGCGACUGCAGCGUAUGCGGACACUGUUUUAGAGGAUUGCGUCGACGCACAUUUUUCUGUGGAAGAGCUAGGGCAUGUGCCUCAAGGAGUAUCUAAAGCAUGGGGUGCAGCAUGGGACGAGCGGCUCAAGGAAUCUCGAGGGGCAGUAACUUUGCGUAUAUCUGAAAAGGAAGGCUCGCCAACGUGUGAAUUAAUACUUGUCGGCAUAUUUCACCGUGACGCUGCAAACUUGCGUUUCAUCCGUGAGGCCAUUGAGACCGCGGAGCCAGACGCCGUCGCUCUGGAGGCGCGUCAUAGCUUUCUCCCCACCUAUCGACACCUCUUGGACGCCGUACCUGAGGACCUCUUGCUGAAGCUGCUUAACUGCCCAUUGCAUGACCUCCAGGAGGCAUUCUCAUACAUCACCAUCGAAGACAGGCUGGCAUGGCAUAUUGCCCUCCUAGACGCCAACCAACAACUAGGGUCGCUGGCACCUCUCCCCUCCUCUCCUUCCUCCCUGCUCAGCUGCACCUCCUCCCUGCGCCCAUCCCAGGUGGUGGGCGCCUUCCUUGCUCGGGAGCUGGUGCUGAGUGACAAGCUGGGGGCGGCGUGGGCGGCGGCAGCAGCGGGAGACUUGCCGCUGCACGGCAUCGAGUUGGACGAUCCCGCCUCCUACCAGCAGCUGCUGCGGGGGCCGCUCACCGCCAGCGGCACCUGCAGCUCAUCAGACAGCGGAAGCAGUGUUAGGACGUGCCCCGGCAGCCCCGGGGGCCCCCAGGAGUGGCGGCCCCCGCAAGCCGCCUCCCCCCAGGCCGGGGGCCCCCCGCAGGAGCAGGAGCAGGAGCAGGACGCGGCGCUGCUGCGGUGGCUGGAGGGCGAGCAGCGGCGGCUGGCGCUGGGCUGCCUGGGUGGGCGGCUGGCGGGGGAGGUGGGGGAGUGGAUGCAGCGGGCGCCGACCGGGGACAUGCAGCGGCUGCUGCAGGUGCAGCUGGCCGGUCUCCUGCCGCACUGCAUGGGCCCCACCACCUACGCAGCCUACGUGGACGCCACGGAGGCGCUGUGGCAGCAGGCGGGCGGCAGGAGCAGCGGGGAG